ACACCCAAAGUGGAGCCCCACGUAGCAAGAAGAUGACCCGAAGUUGCUCGGCAGUGGGCUGCAGCACCCGGGACACCGUGCUGAGCCGGGAGCGCGGCCUCUCCUUUCACCAAUUUCCAACUGAUACCAUACAGCGCUCAAAAUGGAUCAGGGCUGUUAAUCGUGUGGACCCCAGAAGCAAAAAGAUUUGGAUCCCAGGACCAGGUGCUAUACUAUGUUCCAAACAUUUUCAAGAAAGUGACUUUGAGUCAUAUGGCAUAAGAAGAAAGCUGAAAAAAGGAGCUGUGCCUUCUGUUUCUCUAUACAAGGUUCUUCAGGGUGUACACCUUAAAGGUAAAGCAAGACAGAAAAUCCUAAAACAGCCACUUCCUGAUAAUUCACAAGAGAUUGCUACUGAGGACCAUAACUACAGUUUAAAGAGACCUCUGACAAUAGGUGCAGAGAAACUGGCCGAGGUGCAACAGAUGCUCCAGGUAUCCAAAAAAAGACUGGUCUCUGUAAAAAACUAUAGGAUGAUCAAGAAGAGAAAGGGCUUACGAUUAAUUGACGCACUUGUAGAAGAGAAACUACUUUCUGAAGAAACAGAGUGUCUGCUACGAGCACAGUUUUCAGAUUUUAAGUGGGAGUUGUAUAACUGGAGAGAAACAGCUGAGUACUCUACAGAAAUGAAACAAUUUGCAUGUACACUCUACUUGUGCAGUAGCAAAGUCUAUGAUUAUGUAAGAAAGAUUCUCAAGCUGCCUCAUUCUUCCAUCCUCAGGACAUGGUUAUCCAAAUGCAAACCCAGUCCAGGUUUCAACAGCAACAUUUUUUCUUUUCUUCAACGACGAGUAGAGAAUGGAGACCAGCUAUAUCAGUAUUGUUCACUGAUAAUAAAAGGCAUAUCUCUCAAGCAACAACUUCAAUGGGACCCCAGCAGUCACCACUUGCAAGGGUUUAUGGACUUUGGCCUUGGGAUACUUGAUGCCGAUGAAACACCCCUUGCCUCAGAAACUAUUUUGUUAAUGGCAGUGGGUAUUUCUGGUCACUGGAGAACGCCUCUUGGUUAUUUUUUUGUAAACAGGGCAUCCGGAUAUUUGCAAGCUCAGUUGCUGCGUCUUACCAUUGGCAAACUGAGUGACAUAGGGAUCACAGUUCUGGCUGUUACGUCUGAUGCUACAGCUCACAGUGUUCAGAUGGCAAAAGCAUUGGGGAUACAUAUUGAUGGAGACAACAUGAAGUGUACAUUUCAGCAUCCUUCGUCUUCUAGUCAACAGAUUGCAUACUUCUUUGAUUCUUGCCACUUACUCAGAUUGAUAAGAAAUGCAUUUCAGAAUUUUCAAAGCAUUCAUUUCAUAAAUGGCACAGCACAUUGGCAGCACCUUGUGGAGUUAGUAGCACUAGGGGAACAGGAAUUAGCAAAUAUGGAAAGACUCCCAAGAAAACUUGCAAAUCUGAAAAACCAUGUACUGAAGAUGAACUGUGCAGCCCAAGUGUUCAGUGACAGCGUGGCCAGCGCAUUGGAAUGCUUGCUGUCAUUAGGCCUGCCUUCUUUUCAAAACUGUAUUGGUACCAUCCAUUUUUUACGCUUAGUUAACAACCUGUUUGACAUUUUUAAUAGUAGGAACUGUUAUGGAAAGGGACUUAAAGGACCCCUACUGCCUGAAACUUACAGUAAAAUUAAUCGGGUAUUAAUUGAAGCCAAGACUAUCUUUGUGACAUUAUCGGAUGCUAGCAACAAUCAAAUAAUUAAAGGUAAGCGAAAACUAGGAUUCUUGGGAUUUUUGCUUAAUGCUGAGAGCUUAAAAUGGCUCUACCAGAAUUAUGUUUUCCCUAAAAUCAUGCCUUUUCCAUAUCUUCUGACUUAUAAAUUCAGUCAAGACCAUCUGGAAUUAUUUCUGAAGAUGCUUAGACAGGUAUUAGUAACCAGUUCUAACCCUACCUGUGUGGCAUUCCAGAAAGCUUACCAUAAUUUGGAGACCAGAUACCGAUUACAAGAUGAAGUUUUUCUAAGUGAAGUAAGCAUCCUUGACAUUUCAAUUGAUCGAAGGACAGACUUGGCCCUUUGGACAGUUCAGCGUCAGUAUGGUAUCAGCGUUCUAAAGACUGUUUUUCACAAAGAGGAUAUUUGCCAGGACUGGUCUAAUUGUCCUCUCAGUGAGGCAUUACUUGAUCUGUCAGAUCACAGGCGAAAACUCACCUGUUGUGCCAGUCAUGUUGCAAAUAAGUUAUCAGCUCUUUUAACUUGUGAGGACUGCAUCAGUGCAUUGUAUGCUUCGGAUCUCAAAGUUGCUAAAAUUGGGUCACUGUUAUGUGUCAAAAAGAAGAACGGUUUGCAUAUCCCUUCAGAAAGUCUCUGUCAAGUCAUAAAUAUUUGUGAGCGAAUUGUAAGAACCCAUUCAAGAAUGGCAGUCUAUGAACUACUUCCUAAACAGAGAGAAUUAUAUCUCCAGCAGAAAAUAUUGUGUGAGCUUUCUGGGCAUAUUUAUCUUUUUGUAGAUUUAGAUGAGCAUCUCUUUGAUGGAGAAGUGUGUGCCAUCAAUCACUUUGUAAAGUUACUAAAGGAUAUAAUAAUCUGUUUCUUAAAAAUCAGAGCUAAAGAUGUAGCUCAGUACCCUCUAAAACACCAUUCAGAAAGACUUGAGAUGAAAACUUUGUCAAAGAGGCAGUGGUCAUCUUUACAAGAUUACAGAUGUUCAGGUUUUGCUAAUACCAAUAAAUUCAGGCAUUUGUUAAGUAAUGAUGGCUAUCCAUUCAAAUGAGGGACCUAAAAUGUCUCAAAAUUUUUAUAAAGAAUAAUUGGUCAGCAUUUAUUUUAAAGUUCAACUUACCGUAUCUCAUAAAUUGACCAUAGUUGACAAGUUUGUAAUUCUGACUUAUUAGAAUUUCUGAUUAUGCAUAUUAUAAAAUCUUGCACUUUGGUAUGGUUUGCAGCAUUUCAGUUACUUGUAGAAAGCUGUAAGUCAGUAGGAGGAGUCUAGCCAACAGGUACUGCCUUUGAAUAUACUACGAUAAGACUGAAUAAUGGAACCUACUUUGAACUUGUUCAGUCUACCUUAAAACAAGAGAGUAUAACAACUAAGAGUCAUUAAAAGAUUGACUUUUACAAAUAGACUGAAAGAGCUUUGUUUUACAGCUCUGAGAAUGUUGACAGGAAAAAAACUGAAAAUGUUGACAGAAUACCUAUAAAAUCUUGGAUAUAAUUUUUAUUACAUAUAAAAAUUAAGAUGUGGUUUGAAAAUUAGGCUAAAAUAAAAUAUGACCACAAAACCCCUUGGCCAGGCUACCCUAAAACAGAAGCGUGCUGCAGCGAAGCUGGGGAAUGUAGUCUGAGAAGUACAUAGGUGAUAUCAUUUUCACAAUCCAUUGUCCUUGGACUUUAAAAUACUACUUUUGAAAAAUUGAGUGGAUACUUACUUGACUCCACUGGAAGAGCCUGAUGCCCAUCAAAGAAUGAGGAGAAGCCUUAUUUCAGCUUCUCCUUCCGAAGUCUCCUUAUGCUUGCAGGGAGGCUGAAAUAGACGUAUUUUCAGUAUUGAAUGAAUAAUGGGAUUCACACCAGGUGAUUAAUAAAUUAGAAAAAGAUGACCAUUUGAGACAAUGGUUAUGAAAAUAUUUGUCUUGAUUUAAUAAUGAGUGUUUUCAGAAAUUUAGAGAAGCUUAAAUAAUCUAAAGAUGGAAACAUACUAAGGACAAUUUUCUCCAUUCUCUCAUACCCCGGCUUGAAAAGAUGAAUAGAAAAACAUAUUGGUACUUUAAAAUCUGGGGAGUGUUAUAAGUGGAUAAAAGAAGAAACAGGCAUAUGAUUCAUCUCUGUGUGUAAAACAUUUACUCUUUAUCAUUGAGUGAAUAUUCAUGUACAGUUAAUAUGAAAACUUGAAAUUGCAAAAGAUUAAUGACCAGAUGAAAGUUUUUAUUAACUGAAAUUCCCCUUAAAUUGUAUAUUUUGAUAUAUUUGUUUUUUUCUACCUCAAACAAAGGCUUAAGUUUUGAGAUGUAACCAGAGUUGUACUACAUUUUAUGUAAGAGCUAUUGCUGAGGAGUCUAGAUAUUGUGGUUUUUGUUGCAAUAGAAUUAGUUUAGAUGCACUGGAUAAAUCUUAUUUAAAGGAAGCCUAUUUGUUAAGUCACUACCUUUUAACUUAUUGCUUAUAUAAUUCCAAGUUUUGUCCUGAGUUUUACUUAAAACUAGGUUCAUACCUGUAGGUGUCUUGUGUUCUUUGCUCUUGCAUUGUACUACUGUACUAAUAUAUUCUGUAGUUAAAGAAAUUAGUGUUACGCAUUAUUUCUUUAAGUGCUGGAUAAAUUGGACAGACAUGGAAGACAAAAAUAUAUCCUUCACUGCCUUGAACCGUUAAUUGCUCUUGCCCUAGUGAAAGUGUUUCAAGUCUGAUAUCAGGUUUACUUAACAUGAUAUGCUUUACAGUGAAUUUUUAAAAUAAAUUAUUCAUAUUUGAUUAGGGUAGUUUAGUUUAUAUUUUCCACUUAGCACCUUUGUCCUUUUCAGGGAAAACAAACAUUCUCUUCAGAAAUUUAUCCUUCCUAUUUUUCAGCAAAUAGUGCUGGAACAACUGGAUGUCCACAUGCAAAAGUAUUAACUCUAAAUAGGUCAAAGACCUAUCUAUAAAAGGUAAAACUAUAAAACUCUUAAAAGAAAACAGAGUAGGGACGCCUGGAUGGCUCAGCGGUUUAGCGUCUGCCUUUGGCCUGGGGCGUGAUCCUGGGGUUCCAGGAUCAAGUCCCACAUAGGAUUCCCUGCGUGGAGCCCGCUUCUCCCUCUGACUGUGUCUCUCUGCCUCUCUGCGUGUGUGUGUCUCUCAUGAAUAAAUAAAAUCUUAAAAAAAAAAAAAAGUAAAUCCUUGGUACUUGGAUUAGGCAAUAGUUUCUUAAAUAUGACAUCGAAAACAAACAACAAAAAUUUCACCAAAAUUAAAAAAUUUGUGCUUCAAAGGACACUGUCAUGAAAGAGACAACUCACAAAAUGGGAGAAAAUUUUUACUAAUUUAUCUGAUAAAGGUCUUGUACCCAGAAUAUACAAAGAACUACUGUAACUCAAUGAUGGACAACCCAAUUUGAAAAAUGGGUAAAGAACACAAAUAGACAUUCUUUAAAGGAGAUUACCCAUUGGCCUGUAAACACAUGAAUAUAUACCCAACAUCAUAAACCAUCUGGGAAAUGCAAAUCAAAACCACAAUGAGGUAUCACUUUACACCCACUGGGAUGGAUAUAAGACAAUAACAAUGUUGACAAGAAUGUGAAGAAAUUGAAACCCUCAUACACUGUUGGUGGGAAUGCAGAUGCUUUGGAAAAUAGCGUGGCAGUUCUUUAAAAGGGUAGUUAAAUGCAAAGUUACCAUAUUGCCCAGCAGUUCUACUAACAGGCAUAUAUACCCAAGAUAAAUGAAAAUGUCCGUUUAAAAACUUGUAAACAAACUUCAUAGCACUAUAGCUACACAAUGAAAAAGCCUAAAUGUCCAACUGAUGGAUAAAUAAAAAUGUGCGAUAUCCAUACAUGGAUAAUACGGUAAGUGUAUGUUGUACUUUAUAACAAAGUGCCAGAGCUGCUUUUGUGAAAUGACUAUACCACUCUGCAUUCUAAUCAGGAAUGUAUAAGAAAGUUCAUUUGCUCUCUUUUCUUCCCAGUAUUUGGUCACCAGGGUUUUGUUUUGAAUUAGCCAUUCUAAUAGGUGUUCAGUGAUAUUUCAUUGUGGCUUUCAUUUCCAAUUUCCUAAUGUCUAAUGAUGCUGAGGAUUUUUCAUAAGAUUAUUUGCCAUCCACAUAAUCUUAGGUGAAAGGUAUGUUCAAGUCUUUUGCCCAUAUUUUGGAAGGUCAGUUUUUUAAGUUGAGUGUUAAUUAUAUAUUCUGGAUAUAAGUGCAUUAUCUGAUGUGUUUUGCAAAUAUUUUCUGCAUCUAUGGCUUUUUUUAUUAGUGUUUUGAAGACAUUGAUUUUGUUAAGUCCAGUUUAUCCAUUUCUUUCUUUUAGGGGUCAUACUUAGUUUUGUAUCUAAGAAAUCUUUGUCUAACCCAAGGCCACAACAAUUUUUCUUAUAUUAUUUCUUCUAGGUGUUUUGUAGCUUUAGGUUUUACAUUUAGGUUAUGAUCCAUUUUCAGUUAAUUUUGGUCUAUGGUAUAAGUUGAGUUUCAGAUUUCAACAUAUGUAUCUCCCAACCCUGUUAAAAAGAUUCUUCUUUCUUCCCUGAAUUACCUUUGAACUCUUGUCAAAAACUGACUAUAUAUAUUGGGUCUAGUUCUGGGUGUUCUGUUCCAUUGAUCCAUAGGUCUAACACUUCAUCAGUACUGCAAUGACCUGAUUGGCCUUAUAGGAGUCUUGAAGCCUGGUGGGAGUCUUUCAACUUUGUUCUUUAUUCAGAAAUGUUUGGCUACUCUAGUUGUACCUUUCCGUAUGAAUUUUAUAAUCAGCUGUUGAUUUUUACAAAAACUCCUGCUGGGAUUUUGACUGGAGCUUUGUGGAAACUAAAGACCAAUUUGGAGAAAUGAGAUCUUAAUAAUAUUGAACAUACCAAUCCAUGAACAUGGUAUAUCUCUUAAGGUCUUCUCUAAUUUUAUCAAGGUGUUCUACAUUUCACCUAAAGAUCUUGUAUAAAUUGGUCACAUUACAUGUUUUGUGGUGCUACUAUAAAUGGUAAUGUAAAAUUUGUUUCUAAAUGGUCAUUGCUACUAUGUGAAAAUACAAUUUUAUAUAUUGACUUUGCUUAAACUCACUGGUUCCUGCAGCUUUUUUUUUUUUAAAGAUCACCAUGACUUUCCUAUAUAGGCAGUCACAUUAUCCACCAGUAGACAUUCUCAUUCUUUUCCAACCUGCUCUCCCCUCAUUGUACAGUGACCUGCAACACAAUGUUGACUAAGAGUGCCUUCUUGUCUUUGAGGAGGAAACAUUCAGUCUUCAUCAUUCAUAUGAUGUUAGCUGUAGACUUUGAUAAAUUGGUCUUUUCUAGCUGAUACUCCCUUUUCUUCCUGGUUUGCUGAAGAGUGUAUGUGUUUAAAUCAUAAAUGGGUCUUGAAUUUUGUCAGUUUUUCCGCACCUUUCAAUUUUCUUUGAAAACCAUUUGAGAUAUAAUUUACAUACUGUAAUAUUCACCCUUUUAAAGCCUGUAAUUCAGCAGUUUUUAGUAUAUUCAAAAGGUUUCCUGUAACUUCUGAGAUGAUCAUAUAGUUUUACUUCUUUUGUAUUUUGAUUCAGUGAAUUACAUUGAUUAUUUUUAAAUGUUGAGUCGACCUUUUAUUCCUGGGAUAAACCUACCAGAUCAUGAUGCAUUCUUUUUACCUAUUGCCAGAUUUCAUUUGAUAAUAUAAUCAAUUACAGAGUUGAAGUCUAUGGCCUUAUAGUAAAUAUUACCCUGAAUAUAUUUAUUUUCUUACUGCUUUUGAGUAAAGACAAAACUUUAAAAAUUUUAAUUUAAAAAGCCUUGGUUCAUUCAUAAAAAGUCCACAUAUGGCCUAUGGAUAAUGACAAAAUCUACGUUAAAGAAAUCCUCACAAACAUACAAAGUCCUAAGUAAUUGACAUAAUAGAAAAUAACUCCAACAGUAAAGGCUUCUAGCUUCCCUCUCCUCUGGGUUGCUGCCAUGGAAUUUCUACGUAAAAUGCUGGAAAAGGAUGCAACAUGAUGCUAGAGGUCCUGGUUCGAAGCUGCAUUUACAUAACAAGUAUUUAUUUUCUUUGCUAUUUGUGUUACAGAACAAUAAAAGUGGAAAACUUU